AUUUACUACUUCGGAAGAAAUGUAAUAAAAGAUUAAUAAAAGAUGGAUUGGCUUGAUAUUGAUAUAUUUUGUAUCAAUAACGUCUAUGGUUAAAAAAAUAAAACGCUGUAGAAACUAUUUAUGGUAGGGGAGCUCAAGCGGGGAUUUUUGCAGUUACUCGAGCGCGUCAGAUUAUCAUAUGGGGAGAAAGGCGCUUUAAGUCUCACUCACGCUGCACCAUAAAUUUAUAGGCAUUAUUAUUGUUCUUAAUGUAUUAGUCUAAAGCCGGCUUUCCAUUUGUACAACUGCGCAUGCAACUACGCAUCUACCUUGCAUACCUUAUGCGCUUGCACAGAUGCAUGCUACCUGCUUGCAACUUGCGUGUUGCGUGUACCGAAUUUCCAUUUAUUCGUCUAACUUUUUAGUGUACCUAGAUAUGGCGAGUGAAGAACAAGCUGUUACAAUUGCAGCGGCAGUACUAAUUAUUGUUAAUAAUGAUAAUAAUCAGCGAAAAAAACAAAAGAAGCAUUCAUACUGGAUAAACCCGUUUCUUCAAAGAAGGAAAGAAACUUUGAGUAUCAUGGAUGAAGUAAGGCUGGCGCAAAGUUCUCUUUUUAAAAAUUUCACUCGGAUGUCACCUUCUGAUUUUGAAUUACUUUUGACGCUGGUUGGCCCAAUAAUAUGUAAAAGAAACACCUAUUUUCGUGAAGCAAUUCCAGAGGCGACAAGGCUCGCAAUAUUUUUGAGGUAUGCAGCGAGUGGAGAUAGCUUCGCGAGUUUAAUGUACACUUUUAAAGUUUCAACCCCAAGUAUCUCUCGCAUAAUAAAAGAUGUAGCUCUAGCUGUUGUGAAAGUUCUACAGGAAUAUGUACAGCUUCCUACCUCAGAAGAAAAAUGGUUGGAAAUUGCUCAACAGUUUCAAGAAAGGUGGCAUUUCCCACAUUGUCUGGGUGCCCUUGACGGGAAACACGUUGUAAUUCAAUGCCCCCCAAAUUCUGGAAGGUCUUAUUACAACUACAAAAGAACAUUUAGUAUAGUUCUCUUUGCACUUGUUGAUGCUAAUUAUUGUUUUCGAUACGUAAAUGUGGGACGACCAGGACGAAUGUCUGAUGGAGGGGUUUUUCUUGAUAGCUCUUUGUAUACAGCAAUAAGAGAUGGUGUACUCAAUUUACCAGAGCAAAAAAAUUUACCAGGAACUGAUAUUCUUCUACCAUACGUCUUUGUCGCAGACGAUGCGUUUCCAUUAACAAAAUAUAUUCAAAAACCUUAUGCAACUGAUUUGCUGAAAGGAUCCCCUAAAAGAGUGUUUAAUUAUCGAUUGUCACUAGCUCCGCGCAUAGUAGAAAAUGGUUUUGGAUUACUCAGAUCAGUUUUUAGAGUUUUGCGAACACCGAUUGAACUGAAGACGGAUACCAUUGAAGAAGUGGUGCUUGCAUGUGUUUGCUUCCACAAUUUUUUGCGACACAGUCGUCAAUCACGUCACCUUUAUUGCCCUCCAUGUACUCUCGACUCUGACGUAGAUGGAAAUUUGGUACACGGAAAAUGGAGAAAAGACAUUGCAGGCAACACUGGAAUUACAAAACUUGCAAAGACGGGAGGAAAUGCCACAAGAGAAGCAAAAGAAAUAAGAGACGGUUUUAUGAAAUACUUUAUGUCUCAUGAAGGUUCUGUACCUUGGCAAGACGUAUAUUUGUAAUAAACUAUUUUCCUUGUAGAAUUUGCACUAAAUAUUACCUAAACUAUUAAA